CAGUCUGUCCUUGGGAAGCGCACGCUUUUGUUAUCUUAGUCACCUCAUCUGCGGGAAUGGUGAGCGGUGUCUUUCUGCCCAGACCUUGCGGCGGUGUUGGAUUUUUUCUGUUUCCUCUGUGAGCGCUGAAUGAUAUGGUCCUGAGCAUCGUGAGCACGUGACUUCAGAGAUGGACAAUUGGAUCUGUUACAAGUAGUGAUUGGCCUUAAGUUUCCUUAUAACCACUGAAGAGCUUAACAGGAAUUCUCUCAUCCCUGAUUUUUGCCUAUCUGAUUGCCUCACACCACCAGCUUAAUCAUGUAUGGAAGUGCUCGUUCCGUGGGCAAGGUGGAGCCCAGCACCCAGAGCCCAGGGCGUUCCCCGAGGCUGCCGCGGUCGCCUCGCUUGGGCCAUCGGCGAACCAACAGCACAGGAGGCAGCUCUGGGAGUAGUACUGGGGGUGGCAGUGGGAAAACCCUUUCUAUGGAAAACAUUCAGUCCUUAAAUGCUGCCUAUGCUACGUCUGGCCCUAUGUACCUCAGUGACCAUGAGAACGUGGGUGCAGACACCCCGAAGAGCACCAUGACUCUGGGCCGGUCGGGGGGGCGGCUGCCUUACGGCGUUAGGAUGACUGCGAUGGGCAGCAGCCCUAACAUUGCCAGUAGUGGAGUUGCCAGUGAUACAAUUGCUUUUGGAGAGCACCAUCUCCCCCCAGUGAGCAUGGCAUCCACUGUGCCUCACUCGCUGCGCCAGGCCAGGGAUAACACCAUCAUGGAUCUGCAGACACAGCUCAAGGAGGUGCUGAGGGAGAACGAUCUGCUUCGCAAGGACGUGGAGGUGAAAGAAAGCAAGCUGAGUUCUUCCAUGAACAGCAUCAAGACCUUCUGGAGUCCUGAGCUAAAAAAGGAAAGAGCUCUGAGGAAGGAUGAAGCUUCAAAAAUCACCAUUUGGAAGGAACAAUAUAGAGUUUUGCAAGAAGAAAACCAGCAUAUGCAGAUGACUAUCCAGGCUCUCCAAGACGAGCUGCGGAUCCAGCGGGACCUGAACCAGCUGUUCCAGCAGGACAGCAGCUCCAGGACCAGCGAGCCCUUCGUGGCAGAGCUGACAGAGGAAAACUUCCAACGGCUGCACGCAGAGCACGAGCGCCAGGCCAAGGAGCUGUUCCUGCUCCGUAAAACCUUGGAGGAGAUGGAACUGCGUAUUGAGACCCAGAAACAGACCUUAAAUGCACGUGAUGAGUCCAUCAAAAAGCUGCUGGAGAUGCUGCAGAGUAAAGGUCUGUCAGCAAAAGCCACUGAGGAAGACCAUGAGCGGACACGACGCUUGGCUGAGGCAGAGAUGCAUGUGCACCACUUGGAAAGCCUUCUUGAACAGAAGGAAAAAGAAAACAACAUGCUGAGAGAGGAAAUCCAUCGUCGAUUUGAGAAUGCUCCCGACACGGCCAAGACAAAGGCUCUGCAAACUGUUAUUGAGAUGAAGGAUUCAAAAAUUUCUUCCAUGGAGCGUGGCCUCCGGGAUUUGGAAGAGGAGAUUCAGAUGUUGAAGUCAAACGGAGCCCUGAGCACAGAGGAGCGUGAGGAGGAAAUGAAGCAAAUGGAGGUGUACCGUAGCCAUUCCAAAUUCAUGAAAAACAAGGUAGAGCAACUGAAGGAAGAGCUAAGUGCCAAAGAGGCUCAAGGGGAGGACCUGAAAAAAAGAGUGGCUGGUCUCCAGACCGAGAUUGGUCAGGUGAAACAAGAGCUGUCGCGCAAAGACACCGAGCUGCUGGCCCUGCAGACCAAGCUGGAGACCCUCACAAAUCAGUUCUCCGACAGCAAGCAGCACAUUGAAGUUCUCAAAGAGUCCCUUACAGCUAAAGAGCAAAGAGCUGCCAUCCUGCAGACAGAGGUGGAUGCGUUGCGGUUACGUCUGGAAGAGAAGGAGACUAUGCUGAACAAGAAGACAAAGCAGAUUCAGGAGAUGGCAGAGGAGAAGGGGACUCAAGCAGGCGAGAUCCAUGACCUCAAGGACAUGCUGGAGGUGAAGGAACGCAAAGUUAAUGUUCUUCAGAAGAAGAUUGAAAAUCUUCAAGAACAGCUGAGAGACAAGGAGAAGCAGAUGAGCAGCUUAAAGGAUCGAGUGAAAUCCUUGCAGGCCGACACCACGAACACUGACACUGCCUUGACCACGCUGGAAGAAGCGCUGGCAGAGAAGGAAAAGACCAUUGAGCGUUUAAAGGAGCAGCGUGACAGAGAUGAACGAGAAAAACAGGAAGAGAUCGACAACUACAAGAAAGACAUUAAGGACCUGAAAGAAAGAGUCAGCAUUUUACAAGGGGAUCUCACAGAGAAAGAGACAUCAUUACUGGAUCUUAAGGAACAUGCUUCAUCAUUAGCUUCAUCAGGACUGAAGAAAGAUUCAAGACUCAAGACACUGGAAAUUGCAUUAGAACAGAAAAAGGAAGAAUGUUUGAAGAUGGAAACACAGUUGAAGAAGCACCCUGAAGUUUUAUUGAGUCAUCCAUCCAAGCUAGCUCAUGAGGCAACCCUGGAGGCAAGGGCCAGUCCAGAGCUGAGUGACCGCAUGCAGCAGCUGGAAAGAGAGGUAACACGGUAUCAGGAAGAAUCUGGCAAGGCUCAGGCUGAAGUGGAUCGUCUUCUGGAGAUCUUGAAAGAGAUGGAAAAUGAGAAGAAUGAUAAGGAUAAGAAGAUAGCAGAACUGGAAAGCCUCACCUCAAGGCAAGUUAAAGAUCAAAAUAAGAAAGUAGCAAAUCUGAAGCACAAAGAGCAAGUGGAGAAAAAGAAGAGUGCGCAGAUGCUGGAGGAGGCCAGGAGACGAGAGGAUAACCUUAAUGACAGCUCCCAACAGCUUCAGGACAAUCUGCGUAAAAAGGAUGAUCGGAUUGAAGAAUUGGAAGAGGCACUCAGAGAAAGUGUUCAGAUAACUGCAGAGCGGGAAAUGGUGCUAGCACAAGAGGAGUCAGCCAGGAUCAAUGCUGAGAAACAGGUAGAAGAGCUGAUGAUGGCUAUGGAGAAGGUCAAACAGGAGCUGGAGUCGAUGAAAGCAAAAUUGUCCUCUACGCAACAGUCUUUGGCUGAGAAGGAAACCCAUUUGACCAACCUACGAGCUGAAAGAAGGAAACAUUUGGAGGAAGUCCUGGAAAUGAAACAAGAAGCCCUUCUUGCUGCCAUUAGUGAAAAAGAUGCCAAUAUUGCUCUGCUAGAGCUUUCAUCCUCUAAGAAGAAGACUCAGGAUGAAGUGGCUGCACUGAAACGAGAGAAAGACCGUCUUGUGCAACAGCUCAAGCAGCAGACUCAGAACCGUAUGAAGCUGAUGGCUGACAACUAUGAGGAUGACCACCUCAAAUCCUCAUCCCAUUCCAACCAAACCAACCACAAGCCCUCCCCUGACCAGAUAAUUCAGCCCCUCUUAGAACUUGACCAGAACCGCAGCAAGUUGAAGCUGUACAUCGGCCAUCUGACAGCCCUCUGCCACGACCGCGACCCCCUGAUUCUGCGUGGACUCACCCCGCCUGCUUCCUACCACCUGGAUGAUGACCAGGCAGCUUGGGAGAAGGAGCUGCAGAAGAUGACCCAGGAGCAGCUGCACCACGAGCUGGAGAAGGGCGAGAGGGAGAGCGCAGAGCUGCAGGAGUUCGCCAACGCCAUCCUCCAGCAGAUAGCGGAUCACUGCCCCGACAUCCUGGAGCAGGUCGUCAACGCCCUCGAGGAGUCGUCGUGACCUCGGCCACCAGUCCCACGGAGCAGCACGCCACUGGCCAAGCCCAGCCAGUCCACGGAGCCAUGGGAGUGGAGAGCAAUGGAAGGACAGAAAAUGGAAUAGAAACUUCUGGUGCACCUUUUACAAAGGAAACAAAGGCAAAAAAAACCCCUCUAAAAACUACAUGCUCUCUAGGUUCUUCCAGUCCAUGAUUAAUCAGUCAUUUUUGUACUCAUCUUCUCACUGCCUUUCUACUUUAGAGUCCAACUCCCCAUUGACUUUGUUGGUGGUGACUUUUGGAUACAGCUAAGCAGAGCUCCUCCAAGUCUACUGAGCAAAGAAGAGGGGAUGCACUAAACACAAGCAGCUCUAGUUCUCCAUGAGGUUGCAGAAGAGUAGCCCUUGCCUUUCAUUCAUGUAUUGCUUUUUCCUUCUUUCCUUCUUACCUUCUUCCUAUUUUUUAUUUUCAUGAAAGCUGAAAGCCUGAAUUUCACAGUGCUAAAACCAAACCCUGAGUGUGCUCUGAUUAUGGCUCAUGGCUGGCCAGCAUCAGCUAGCUCAGGUCUUGCUGCCUGUCUCAAUGCUUCUUACGUUCUUAAAUACCAGAGUGAGGAAAGGAAAGUUUCCCUACUUGCUCCUGUUAGUCAUUUCAUCUAGCAGCUGGGAAAAAAGGUAGGCAUACUGGUACUUUCUGUUUACUUAACUUGGAUUUUUAUUGUUCACUGGUCUGACUCUGAAGUGCUAGGUCAGGCAUUUUUUGAGGUAACUGUUUUCAUCUGUUGAUUUUUGGGGGGUUUUAGAUGAGGUGUCUCAUCAUAGGUCUGUGUCUCCUAAGAUCCUACUUUAUAGAGAGCUCUCUCCCUUCAGGCAGGUGUAGUCAGCAGGUCAGUUCCCAGCUUUAACUUGUAUAGUUUGUCCAGUUUUUCAGGCCAUGGCUUUGUGAACACUAGCUGUCAUCAGAAUAAUCUUAAGCAUUCUGUAAAUGAGAAAAUUGCAUCAUUUAGCUUAAAAAUAUAAUUUUAAAGCUUAGUUAGGUAAAUCAGUAGCAUAGUUCUUACUAUAAUUAUAAUUUAAUUUAUUUUGGUUUAGCUUACAUUGACAAGGAAUGAGUUUGAGUUCAGAGCAAUAACCCUUAUGAAGAGAAGCAUCUCUGCUGGAGUUGGCACCCAGCUGAGUAGAUAGGUGUAAAAUCACAGCUUUACUUAAACCAGUGCAAUUCUUCUGUGUAUAUGAGAGGCCUUAGUUUUAUUCCCAUCCACCUUGGACACUCAUUACAGUUCCUGCUGAUAGGUAAUAUGACCUGAAAUACCAGGUCAGUUUGUCGUUGUGGUAGCAAGUCAGAAAUCCUGUUUUAUGAGUAGGACUUGGGUGUUCAUUCUUGGACUAUGCAUUAAUGGGGAGACACGUUUUUUCCUGGCUACCAGUGGUUAUGUGUGUCUGGGGGCAUCUGCAGGACAGAACCCUGUAACACGUCCCCAUGUGCUCCUUAAAGGAGUUGUUCCCUUUGGCUGUCUCACAUUACUUCAGAGAGCGAGGGGAAGGCAAAAGGAGACCAAAUAUCAACACAGCAGUGGAAGAAAUCUUGGUUUUCUAGUCACUAGCUAAUUAUGAAUCCUCUCAGUAAACCUCCCAUUCAGAGUCUGCAGUUGAAUUCCAUAUGGUUUACUACAUUUUGAGCUUAAUCACUAGGCUGUUAUGUUAAGGAAAAUGUUCCAGGCCCUUUCAAGAAACCUGCGUUUCUUAUAUCUUUCAAAUCCACAGCACAGCUCCCCUGUAGGUCUUUAACGCCUCGUUUUUAUCUUUGGAAGUGACCAAUUACUUCUAACAGAAAGGAGAUCAACAAAAGUUUGAGUAAGGGAAGAUGUACCCUGUAGUUUUUUCCAAACAAGCACUGGAAAUGGGGCAAAACUGAAACCUUAUGUACCUGUAGAUUCUAUUGAAAAUGAGCUGAUUUAAAAUAAAUCACAUCCCAAUUGAUUCUACUGUAAUAAUUCAGCAGAAGGAGCUGGAUUCAUAGCCAGGGUGUCUAGGAAGAAAUAAGUCUGCAAAGAAGAGGCGAUUCACACCUUUUCCAACUGUUGAAUUGCCAGUGCUUUGCAAAUCAGGAGAAGUAGCUUUAGUUCUUCCUCUAAUAGCAGCCUGUGUCUGAAGCUUUUUUUUGUGUCAUGUCUGAGGAGAGUAAUGGGAGCCUGAAAGUGUGGAAGAGGGGAAUGCCGGAAGGCGUGCAGACAGUGACUGUACACACUGCGGGGCUGUGCCUCAUCCCAGAACCACCCCUUCGGUCCCAUUAUUUGAGUCAGCACGUUUCGAUAGGAGCUGUUGUUUUGAAAUCUUUCCUCUUGCUUUUUCUUCAUCACCCCUAAUUACUCACUCAAGGAAUUUAAUGCCGCCUGUAAAAGCAUCAGAGCCAUCAGCCCAGCAUCAUCGGCCACCGCCACCCCUCCUGACUCUCUCAUUAACUUAUAUGGUCAAAUCUCCAGCUGCCCUGGUUCCCUGCUGUAAAACAAUCUUUCCUCUGUGAGAAGCUGUGGAAUUUCCCUUAUCGAUGGUUCAAAUGACUCCUGCUUGUAAACCUCUUACUGAGAUGUUCCUUGAUAGCGUUUCUGCUGGAGGCAGGGGCAGGGGGAGGGGAUGGGAGCGAGGGGCGAUCACUUCGAGCUGUUAUUUCAAUUCCCUGGCUUUACUGCCUUGCCCACACAUCGCAGGGAAGUGCUGCUGCUUCUUCAGCAUCUCUAACUCAGCUUGUGGCUGCAUUUCUAUAGUUCAAAGUGCCCCAGCCAAAGGCCUGGUGCUGUCACGGCAGCGUGUGCAGGAUCUGUGCAUCAGCAGCCAGGUGAAGCUCACUGUUUACACAUCUCCCGGCCUCUUCCCAGGGAGGAUUUGUCAAGGCUGACUAGUUUUCACACUGGCCAUUUGGUCCUUUAUCUGCCAGCCACACACCUGCUGUUCCUUCCAUCUGAAUUGUUGGGCCCUGGCGAUUUUUCUCGUUAACCACUGUUAUCUCCUCGGUCUUGUAGGCUUGCCAUCUUAAAGAUUGAUCUUAGACCUCCAUAAAGUGCUUUCAGGGAGGGAGCAGAUCUCAUUUAGGAACAGUCUUGAUCCGACUUGAUCUCCAUCGAACUGUUUCAGGUAAUCUCUCUGAUCCUGUGUCGACAGAGAUCCUGUGGUGAAUAGCUUGAGGGGCUUUGGGAUUUGGGAGGUACUGCUGGCCACGAUUUAAUGCUGAAUGUGACCACUGAAAGCUUUUUCUUUUCACUCGUAUGGAGUGCCACACCAUUGGCCUUAAGGCAACAAGGGGAUUUUAUUCUCAUAAUCUGUCAUGGAAUUGCGUAUGAGGCACAUGGCAGAAGGGCCAUAUGUGGCAUACCCUGCAAUGCUCAUCCAGUUGCCUAACCCACCACUGCUCUUUUAAGAUCUUAUUCCCAAGUGUCAGCAGUCAGGCAGAUGCAGUUUCCUACCACAGUGGUCCUGCAGUGCAGCAGCUCUAGGAAAUCAGGGGCCCUUCCCAGGAACCCUGGGGAAACUUGCUUUUUCUUCUGUUGAAUGAAGUUCCAUUUGCUACAGGAGCUGUGAAAGUUUUAAUUGCUUUAAUAUUACUUUUUUUUCUUCUAAGCUGUUAUUUGUAGAGAAGCUGAGAGAUGUAAGGACUCAAGGAGCUGUUUGUAGAAAAUUUAGUAGGUCAUUUUGGCAGGGUUUGGGCUAAAAAAUAACUGAAGCCUGAAGCCCAUGUACGCUAUAAAAGCUGACACUGCAACCACACUUGUUCAUGAUAUCCACGAGUCCAAGUCCAUAUUUGCCUCUGAAUCCAGCCUCAUGUAAAACACUAAAAAGACAUAACACUAGAAUUGCAGGGUGAGGACAUGAGCACUGUUUGCCAUUGGAAGAAGAAUUACCUGGCAUGCUCCCAGAUGAAGCUCUAAGCUUCUCUAAGUAUUCUCUCUAGUUUUGACUGCCUUUAACCAGCUUUCACUCCAGAAAAUGCCAAACCCUCUUUGGAGUAGCCAGUUUUUGCCAAGUCCUGGGGACGGAAGGUGAAGGUCCGACGUGAUGCACGGAAACCACGUGUGCCGUUUCUCGGUGCACGGCUGGAAUGUCCCUUUUCUAAAAAAUUUCCUGGUACUUCAGGGCUCUGAAAUUUGCACAAGGGAGCAUAAAUGUCAUAAAUCUUGUGGAGAUAACCCUGGGUUUUGAACCAAAGGGGCACCUCUUUUCAUUUGCCCUGCAAUUCCCACCCAUUCUGCUGCUAGUGCUCAAUUUGUUGGGAAAUCUCUACAUCUGAUGAGGGUUGACAGGGUUGAGUCCCCACUCCUAUACUAAUUGCCAGUCGCUGCCACUGCAGGGGUCUUUACAAAGGAUGUAGAGUCCUGCACUGAUACCAUUUUAAAGCAAGAAUUUCACUACAUACGUAACGCUUUUAUCCCUCAAAUGACUCCAAUGAAAUGCAAAAGGGAAAGAGUACAAUCAAGGCAUCUGAUACUGAAAGGAAGCCUCUCCUCAGCUCAACGGCCACCCUGGAAGAGGGACCCGGAGAGGACGUGGAAGGCUGUGGAUAACCAACACUGCCCCAGCGGAGCCGGCGGGGUGGGAGGGUCGGGCACGGCGCAUCGCGGGGCGUCGCGCCUGGCAAGGCCAACUCUGCUGACCCCUCUCAUCAGCGUGGUGAGCAAGAGGAGUGUCAGGGGGUUUUUUUAAACAAAACAAUGUUUUUAAUUGUUUUUUCCACAUAAAUGGAAGGAACCUUACGCAACAGCAGAUCCUUCUGAACAAAAUGGCUGUGUUCGCUGACUAUUUUUAAAACAAAAAAAAAGAGAAAAACUGUUUCAAAACUUUUUAGUGUCAAAAGCAUAAACUCAGAAAUCCUGACUUUUUCCAAUGUGUGUGGUGAGUGCUGUAACCCUGUCAUCAGUAUCUCCCCUGACUUUUUCAGGGGUGGUUCUUCCCUGUUUUGUUUUCUGCUUGUCGAUAUUGUCCGUGUGGUCCUAAGGCUGGGGCAGUUACCAACAAUGUGUGUCUGUUGUCGGGUUGAAAAAAAAGAUAGUAGUAGAACUGAAAAAGAUGUGUUUUAAAAAUAUAUAAAAAUAAAUUUCAUUAAAAGGAAUUCAAGUAAAGAAGCAACAAAGCCAUGACUCCUCCUCUCGGGAUUGUACGGAAAAGGAUUUGUGGGCUUAUAAUUAUAACCAGUUGCCUUUCACAGGCUUUUGAGGUCCAAGGCAGCUUGGCCUCCUAGGAAAUGUUACAAACCCUGUAUAAAUUCCUGCUUUCCCAGGUUUAUACUGUACAUGUGUAAGACAGAAAUGGGCAGAAUGAAACAGUAUUGUGGAAAUAAUCUUUUCUGGUAACAGUUACCAGCACCAGGUGUCCCCUAAGAUGGGAACUGCUGAUGUAAAUGAGCCAAACACUUCGGCCAACUUUUCUGUUUUCUCCAUCACACCCCUUGAUGCCAGGGACAAGAGCAAGUGCAAAUCAGCUGGUGCAGGUAGUUGUGUGUAGGUUCAUUAUCAAAGUUGUAUUUCCUUGCCUUUCCUUUCCUUGACCUGUUGAUCAUGUACCCAAGCAGGUUAUGGGGCAGGAAAGGACCAGCAGCCACUUCCUGCUCUGGUUGCAUCAAAGACUUGCAUUGCUUAAAAGGAACAACAUGAGGCUAAACUGGCGUGUGAGGUUAACAAAAAUACCCUGACAAAUCACUUUACCUAUGACAGUAGGUAAAGAAUUUCAUUAAGUGAAUGUAUUUUAAUUAUCAAACUGUACCAUAUGCUGUUAGUCCCCAUUUUGCAAGCUUAGUUCAGAUCUUGAACAUCAGGUCAGUUUGGUUUGCUUUUAAGUAGAUAUUCCCAUUAAGUUCUUGGUGCUUUGGUAGGGCUUUUUGUUCAAAACGUUGGUUUCUUUCACUUGGAAACUGGCAAAAAACGGAUCUAUGGGUCACAUAUACUCUUAUUUGUUACAAAAUGUGGCUAUCUUGAAAACCAAAUUCAAAGCCAAAUUUUAAAAGUAGACAUUGUUCCUUCUAUCUGCCCCAUCUUCCCAGCUCCCUGCGACAAGGCCAAGUCCUCCCUCCCUGCCCAGGGGUGGCUGUGUUUGGCCCCUCAUUACACGCUCGUUACAGUAUAACUGGGGAGGCUUUAGUGUCAGAUGCCUUUAUUUGAUCAGAUGCUGGAGGAGGACGAAUCCAAUGGGACCACGAACAGGGGAAUAAUUUCUGUGCUAGCCCAACAUGCUGCUCCAAGCCCACUAAAACAGUAAAUUGCCGUUUCCUUCCAAGUCAGUGAAUGAGGAGAGCUGCACACCAAGUUCACAAACCAUCCGUGGAGUUAAAUUCUGUGGGAUGCUCCAUCCACUCCACAGGCAUAGAUCCCUCAUCUGCUUUGGAAGAGACCUGUUGCACUUUAGUGGAGGGGGAGACAGGCUUUAGGGAUGGGAUCUAGUGUACUUGAAUUCCUUUUGGAGAUGACAGCAGCGGGAGACAUUGGUGUCCGUGAUGCAAGUGCACACGCUGCCUUCAACUUGUAUGUGUUUUAUUGCUGGAGUCAUGUUACUGACAGGAUAAUGAAAUUGCAAAGAAAAUGUGUUAUAUUCAACUUUGCCUUGAUAAUAUAAACACUUUGUUCAUUUUUUUCUUCUUUUUUUAUUCACAGACUAAGUUCAUCAGGAAAUUAUAAAAUUAUUUAAAAAUUC